AGAAACACGGACUGCACUUCACUAGUUCCGCAAAGGAAAAACAGCCGAUGCAGUCCUCCCCUCCAGCCAAUAUCGAUCAGUGGUGAAAGCGUGUGGCUGUAAUGUAACUCGACAGACUCCACCAGGAACAACCGGAGUGACCGCACUUCAAUGGCUGACCAGAGCUGGGCGUGGAUGUGUUGAUAGCCCGGUAGCUAGCUCACCUGUUAGUGUCGGAGGCUGGUGAUGGAGAACAUCGAGGAGCCUUCUCCCCUCCGGAUCACCCCUACCGUCCGGGCGCUGAGCUCCGCACUGCGGGGGAAGCGUGAAAAUGUGCCCGAGUCCAGCCGGAGAGACGGCGACCGGAUCUUCCCCGAGCCGGAGAAGCUGUGGUUCAAGGAGAGCAGCUCGAAAAACCUUCGGAACAGGGACUUUCUGUCGCCCACCACGAUGCUCAACACGCUGUAUGCGGACGGACAGGUCCCUCCGCCAGUGAUGUCCAGGGUCCUGUCCCUUCGUGGCAGUGGGGUUCUCCCUGUGGCUGGUGGGGAGGUGAUUGGUGAAGGGCUGAGGGUGAGGGUGGACCGGCCCGCAGCCUUUAAGGCUGUUCUGGCAGGUGGAGCCACAGAGUACCUGAAGCCCUCCAGUCAGAGGCAGAGCUGUGUGGUGCUCAACUGCCCCGCGCUGCACCCUAAACCCAACACACCCGCUCCUGAUACACUGACUCUAGGCCAGCUGAGGACUGUUCUACUGGCUGACCACAUGGGGGCGCUGCUGAGAGGACAAGGAUUUGCAGUGUCCUAUUGCCCAACGCUUCCCCAAGACAGCGACAUCAGCACCUUUCUGCAAGCUCUGGGAAUCGAUUGGCCGACAGCCCCAGCCAGCUGGACCAAUGAGGAGCGGGAGGAGAAGAUCCAGGAGGCCCUGGAGAACUGCCCGUACAAAGAGAGGGAAACGGAGAGAGGCAGGAGGACCAGCGGUGGCGGGGGAAGGAAGGCAGAGGAGGGGGAGAAUGAGGGAGCGCUCAGGGUCAACCUGAAAAGAGUGUUCCAGGAGGUGGGGCUGCUGGGAUACGACCCCAGCCUUGGUACCUGCACAGUACAAAGGGACAGUGUUGCACACCUGGCACAACUGGACCUAGCCACAGCCGACUGCACAGUAGCCAUGGCAACAGCGUUGCAUGUGACUUCCUGUCAGGAUGAGUUCCGCCAGCAGCAGAUAGCAAUGCUGUGGAGAGCCAGUGGAGCGACGCACACGCAGAGGCAUCUGGUGUGUGGGCCUGUGAAGACUCCUGGUUCUCACCUCACUGCUGCACAGUAUCUGCAGCUGAGAAGAGAACAGAUGAAGGAGGCCUCAGAGAUGAAGUAUGGGGAUCAAGUAGAAGGUCAGACGUGGGAUGACAUCAUCAGGGUCAUGACUUCUGCCACAGUCAGAUUUGAGCUGCUGUCUACAGUCCACACUAGUCCUGUGACGCUGGAUGUCCAGAGGGAAGGGGGCGUGUCCACCAAAGGGCCGAGAGGAGGCGUGUUUGUGAUGUACAACUGUGCCAGACUUCACACUCUGUUUGACAGCUACGAGAGAGGAGUGGAGAAGGGUCUGUACCCAGAAAUCCCUGAAGGCUCCCAGCUAGACUUCUCUUCUCUGAAAGAGGAGGGCGAGUGGCUGCUCCUCUUCAAUUACCUCAUCCCAUUCUCCGAGCUGCUGGACCAAUCGGGACAAGUGCUAGAUGGGGAAGGGGGAGGGGCCAGAGUCAAUAUAAAGACUGAACAGAUCUGUAAAUUUCUCGUGUCUCUCAGUAAAGACUUCAGCUCGUACUACAACAGAGUCCACGUGCUGGGGGAGCCAUUGCCUCAUCUCUUCAACCAGAUGUUUUGUCGCCUGUAUCUGUUGAGAGCCUUGAGAGAGCUCUACCACAGCGCUCUGGACACCCUCAACCUCCCCCCCAUCAGGCAACUAUAGCCUCGAUAGAAUUCACUCCGGCCAUCAGUGUUAGCCCUACCUCCCCACCCAUCACACACACACACACACACACACACACACACACACACACACACACACACACACACACACACACACACACACACACACACACACACGCUUGUAGCUUCAUCAUAUGAACACAUUUCUUGGAUAUUAAUGUGUCCAUGUGACACAUUGUUAGCUUCCCCUGUUUUUGGCGUUGUUACAGCCAGUGAUGAGAUACUGUUUCACCUGCUCACUAUGUAGCUUCUACAGCUCAAUGUGAAUGAUUUCCUGUAGCUGAACAUACUGUAAUACAACAUUACUCAUCAAUCCUGUAAUGUGACAAUGGUGAUGGUUAGUUUACCUUGAUGUGGUCGGACUGGAUUUGUUGGAAACUGUGCACAGAAUUUAUAUUUUUGGAAAUCCUCCUAUUUGCUUUCUUAUCAAGAGUUAGAUGAGAAGGUCGAUCAAAUUCUUAUAUAGUUCCCUGGGGAACACAAUCUGCUCGCUAGCUCCUCUAAAACUCAAACAUUAUCACAAUAUAUCUUGGAUAUAUAAUAUAAACAAAAACCAAAGUGUGAAAAGAAUAAUCUGAUAUGGGGCAUUACCUGUUGGACUAUUUCUUAUCUUGGGCCAGCUAACAUGCUGCCAGAGGAGGCUCCCAAAAAGUUACUGAUCCCUGCCAGGAAAUAGUCUGACACAUACUGUAAACCUGCAAAGUAUCAUUUUACCCUGUUGUUGUACAGGGAGAACAAACAAUCAGUUAAUGAAGGUUUGUUCCGUUGAAGCUUUCAAUUAUAAAUUCUACUCUCGUCAUUUGACCAUUUUGUGCAUUUUUAUGCCCUUUAACCCAACAACCCACAAAACUUUCUAUUUUGGUGCCGUAAUCCCAACAUUACUCUUGUGUCCCACCUGAACUGUAGUUAAACUUGUUCAUCUUUUUAAAUGGCCUUAUUAUAAUCUUGGUACCCCCUGACCCUUGUGUGGUCUGGACCUUCUGAGUUUUCAGUUUUGUCCGAACCAAAAUAAUAAUGUCCAACCAAAAGAGGUGGUCUCUGUCCUGAUGAAAAUAACCGUAGUUCGUUGGUUUGGGAGUGAAAAACAUAUUUUUGGACAGUGUAGACUUUUUGACCAAUUGCAAGAAGGAAAUUGGCUGGUAAUACCAUAAUGAUAGUUCAUUCAUUUUCUUCAUUCAAACAGAAAAACUACUGUCCACCUAAUUGACACACGAUAUGACGACAGGAAGUGUAUAUGUCACUCAAAAAUCUUUUGUCCGCUCCCUGAAUCACAAUUUGAUUUAAAAAAAAAAAACCUAACCGGAUCAAAUGUUAACAAGAUAACAAAGAAGUGAACCUUGGUUCAGACUUUCAGGUGUGAGAACGUCCAUAAUGUCAGUGUCAACAGUCUCUUCUUUGAAACCCUGUCUGAAAAAGGUCCUGAAAAUCUUACUCUAUAUGAGGUUUUGUCGUCGAGGCUCCAGUUUCAUGAACGUUUGCCACCUCGCAUUUGUCAAUGCCAUAUAAAUAUUUAUUGUCAGUUUAAAAAUCUUUAGAUGUCAACAGAAUAUAUGUAUAUUCUGCAUCCUGAGUCUUAACUGCUGUGUUGACAUGAUUCUCCAGAACCCUCAGAUUAGCUGUAGUUAUUGUGCUUGACAAAUCACAAAUGUUCAGUAUCAAACAUGUACCAGAUUAACAGUUGCAGCGGCAAACAGCACCUUCGCAGUAUCUAGGACUUUGUGCCAAAAUGUUAGGAAAUGCAUGAAGUGGCAUGAAAAUAAUAUAUAUAUAUAUUAAGAGUUUUAUGAGAUAAGAUGUAAUUUAUAAACUGGGAGGGGAAAGAUAAUGAGCCUAGGUUGAACCUUCGGUAUCUCUGACAUGGGGAAAUGUGUUUGUUGCAAUUUCAUUUUUGGUAAAACGUGCCAUAACUUGUUUUGUUUUUUUAAUUAUCUGUCAUUGAAACAAAACUGUUGUAUCGUACACAAAGAUCAAAUAUCUUACAAAUUCUCUUCUCACUGCAUGAAAUGUUGUCUGUUCCUGAAUUGUCAGAUUUCUUUUUUUUAUGGGAUGUUUUUUGACUUUUUUCUUUUACUAAAGAAAAGGGAAGGAGAGGUUUGCAAUAAGCAGAUUUGUUUACAGUAACUCUUGUUAACUGCCAUAGUAAUUAUACAGCUGUAUUAAAGCAGCAGAGAUGCAGGAUGAUGGACUUUUUGUUUUGUUUUGUACCAUAUGCUGGAUACUGUAUAGAUGCCAUAUGGUCACUUGCAUCAACGGUGGGACUCUCGUGUUGCCAUGUUUUCACCCAUGAGACCUCAACAUCUCUGACCUUCCACCAUUUCUCGUUCCUCUCUCCUUCCCCUUUGCCGUUUCCUCUCCAAUGACUCUUGUCCUCACACACAGAGCCUGACCUUGCUAAUAUCAGGGCUGCAUGUUUUGGGUGUUCAAGUACUUGUGAUUCACUUUUUUUUUAAAGCUGAUUUCUGGAAGUGCUGAUAAGAAGCAUGUUUUUCUGUGUAAAUCAAACAGCUACAACACAAUUAAAAAAUAAUGCUUCUAAGUAAGGAAGGAAUCGUCAAUCCACACAGCUUUGUGACGGACAUUAUCAGUAUUAAAAGAAACAUUAUAUUUCUGUCAGUCCUGCAACAAUAAGCAGCAUUGCCUCAGUUUUAUAGGCUAUUCCUUCGUAUACUGUAAAAUCUCUAUACGUCUCUGACACGUGAGUAUAUCCACUCAUCUGAAUCUAAGUAUUCCUGCCAAACGUCCUCCAACACACAUCUGUCCACCUACAGUUUCUGUGUCGUUCCCUUCUGCAGAAUGAAAAUAACGAAGACUGGCUCCCUCGCUCUGUGUUUUCCUCUGCGUGAGACUGAUAAAAAUACAGAAACCGCUCCAUUGUUGCAAACUGCCCUUAGGCCCCAUAAAUACAAUAACCCACAUACUGCAUGGAUAUAUAGAAUAUGCUGUUAACAUUGAUCCAUCAUAAUAGAUACAACCCUGUUAAUGUGACGUGACAUAAGUCUUUACUCUUUUUCUCUUCUGCUUCCUAUCCCCUCGCCUGGGUUCCUAACAUGGGGUUUUCUCCCCUUCUUUCCUUUAUCUGUUCCCUCAUUUGGAGCUCGUUAAUAGAAAGGAAGGGACUGAUUCAUGGCUGAUAACACGCCAAAGAUUUGCUUCUUAAAAACCUGAGCCAAUUCUGAAUUCUGUGGGUUACAUCCAAUUCUGUUCAGAUUUUCUGUGAUUUAUCACAAACUAAAUCAUUAUUAAUUGAUUUCUGUGAAGUGUGCAGGGUUAGAAUCCUAGAGAUCCUGUUUGAUUAUGUGGAUUUAAAUUAGACAUGUAUCAUUUUAGAAGUCCUGCAUUUUCUCUCCCUCAGUGUUCCUGUCUAAAAUUCUGCUUUAUUGUACAUCGGCUAAUUUGAACAUACAAGGGUCUGGACCGUAAACUUCAAUGCUGAUAUUCUGUGUUUACUUUCAAAAUUGAGCUUCACUUGUAUUCUGAAGGAAUAUGUGUCUUUUCCUCCAGACUUUGAUUACUAUCUGGGUUUUAUUGUUACUUUAAAAAAGUAUUUAUUCCAUCAUACGACUCUAAAACCCAGAGAAAUCUAUAUAAAAUUAUCAGUUGUAUCUGUCUAACCCUAAUUCAACCACCAAACUUGUACUUCUAUCUUAGCAAGGACACUGAUUGGCAUAGUGCAAUCCCAAGCCCCUUACCCUAACCAACACAAAUAAAUACCUAUGCCUAACCCUAACCUUAACCUAUGCUUAAACCUAAUUCUAACCCUAAAAGCAAGACUUAACCCUCAAACAGUCCAUUGAAAGUGCGUCAGAAAGUGAAGACCAGCCAAAAUGUCCCAGGUUCAUGUAUGUACACAGCUGUGAGUCUCACCUUUAACCCUUUUCUGUGUUCAAUCAGAUCUGUACUUUCCAAGCUAUGCUACUACUACACAUGUGGAUCAAUAAAUUAUUUCUCCACCA